GUAUUUUUCUAAGUUCAUUUCUAUUUCUAUAUCCAUAUAAACCCACAGUGAUGUUUUUUUACUGUCUUUGCCGAACACAAAUCUAUAAUUUCUUUUUUUCAUUUUACUAAUAUUCAUUUGAGAACAGCUGGUUUAUCAAGAUGGCUGAAUCCUUAAUUGAUCUUGAAACUCUCCUCCGAUCCAAACCGGAAAAGUUAUCAAGUCAAGAAGUAAACUUUGUUAAUACUUGGAAGGAUAAGACUCUUCAACAGCUCACUGCUGGUGCAGUUGCCGGUGGUGCAUUUACAUGGUCAGCUACGGGAAGUUUUAAUAGGUCGCUUCGCAUCAACCUUGCUGGAGGGGUUGCUGCUAUUAGUGCAUCAUGGAGAUUUAGGCGGUCAGUUAAUUCAUGUGUUGAAGAAAUUCUUUGCAUGGAUGGAACUCGGAUGCAAAAAGAGUUGGCAAAUAUAAUGCUGAAAAGGUAUCCAAAUCAUCCAUUGACAAGAAAACAUAUACCCAAACGUUUCUACUGUGAAAAUGUUAUUGAUGAUUCAACAACAGACAUCCCAAAAUCAAGGUGGCGUUUUCGAAAUACUUUCUUCGAAAAUCCACCUCAUCCUCAAGAAGCAGAUAACAAUGUAUCUUAUGAUCAUGAUGCCAAAAUUGGUUCGGGAAGGAAGCCAGUUCCUAUGAGUAGCGGAUUUGUGGCAAUGGAAAACCCUUUUGAUUGUAUCUUUGGACUCCCAUCAAGUGUUGAGGAAAUCAGACGUCCUGCCCCACCCACAUCAUCUAGAAAGCAAAUUCGAAAACACAAUAGAAAAUCCAGGCGCAGACAUCACUCCCACCACGAAGAUGAUAUGUAGUAACGUCGUUGGUCAUAAAUAAGAUAUGCUGGUGGUUUGCUUAAUCCGUCUACACACUGAAUCUUAUCUUCAUAUAGUUCAUGGUGCAAGUGCUUUUUGCAGCACCGAGUAGUCAAGUGCCAAACCAAUCAUCUGUGUGAUCUAUAAAUUAGACCCAAAUUAGUAUAUUCUCGGAUUUCGUUAUAAAGUGGAUCUUUGGACUUAAAAGGUUUCAAGUUCAUUGUAAUCUGUAAAUGAGGUUAGUGUUCAAACCUGACGAAUGUUUUAUAACAAACUGAUGUGAAAAUUAGAUGCGAACUGUUUGUGUUCAACCGGUAACAAUUCUGCUGGUUUGAUCCUCAAUAGUUCAGCCCAUCUUGCUGUUCCAAGGUUUAAAGUUUUGCAAGAGUUGCAUGUAAUUGUUCAAGGACUACUCUAAAAGUGAGGGUGCCAAUUUAUGUGUUUUUUUUCCAAUGCCUGAAUGAUAUCAAAUUGAUUAUGUGAGUAGAGUUGACUCAA